AUGUCUGCACUGUCCGGUCAAUGUGAAGAUGAAUUAUGUUUGAAAGAAUCUCAUCCUAUACCAAUACGUGUAUUUCCAUGUUUAUAUCAUUGUAAAAAAAUGUUAUGUAUUAAACAUUUAUCUGAACAUGAUAAAUAUAUUGAAAAACAAAUUCAAUUUCAAAAACAGUUAGAACAUUUAUGGAAUAAUUAUAUUUCAAUAUUUAAUGAAGAUAAAAUUCAAAAAGAGCUUCAAAAAUUAAAAAUUAAACUUGAAAAGCAUCAAAAACUAAGUAAAGAUAUUAAUCAUUUACUAUUAAUUAAUCAUUUUCAUGAUUCAAUGGAAAAUAACCAAAAACUUGAAAUGGCUAUUCAAACAGUACAGAAAGCUAUUGAGCAAGAAAAUCGAUCAAAAUCAAGUGUUCAUGAUAUUCAUCCGAAAACCGAAUCAAUUAUGAAUGAUGAAGAAGAAAAUGAAGUGGCUCUCGAUUAUGCUGAUGGCUAUGAAAAUUCAAUUGAAUUAGAAAAUGUUGAUAAUAUAAUGGAAGAUAGUUCACUUAGAGAUGAAAAUUAUGAUAUACCAAAGAGAAAUAUUAGUGCAUCAAAAAUACGUGGUUAUUGUCCAUUAAUACAAGAUGGUGUCUUUGGUAUUAGUUGUUAUUUACAUGGAAUAAAUUUAUGUUCAAAACAACCUGAUGGUAGUCAACGUACAUAUCGGUUACAUGAACAUUUUCGUCGUGUUCAUCAUUUAACUUCAUUAGCAUCACUUACACUUGCUCGAGCAAUCUAUUUGGACCAAGAUCCAAUAACAACACAAUUAUUUAAUGAGCAUCAGAUUAUUUUAAAUAUAGAUGAAUUACGUACAGUUAUUUGUCCAAUAACAAAACCUUUUAUUAAUUAUCCAUCACUUCAUGUAGUUAAUUCACCAUGUGAUACAAUAAAACAAGUACGACAUCUUAAAGAUCAUCUUAAACGUGUGCAUAGAUUUACAAAUAAAGCAGCUAAUAUUAUUGUUAAAGGAGUGAAAGCUGAGACACCAAUACAUAAGAUUCAAUUUCCACGAUGGAUUGAUAUUAUUGAAGAUGAUUGA